AUGUAUUUCAAGACUCCCCUUGCUUUAACGGCGUUAUGCGCUGCGGUCACGUCCGCAAUCACCAUUGACGAACCCCACGGCGGCUCCAAGCUAGACCUCAGCCAAAACACCACCAUCAAAUGGACCACAGAACCCUCCGACCCUACCUCCUUCGACAUCAGCCUCAUCAACGAGGACGCCCGCGUCUUCGCAACAAUCGCCCACGGCGUUGACCCGAAAAAGGGCGAAUUCACAUUCCACGACGUCAACACCACUGCGACCGACGGAUAUAUGUUCCGAUUCAUCUCCUUCGACGAGCACGGACGGACACUAGCCGACUCGAAGUCGUUCAGCGUCGUCCCCAAUAACGACGGCUCGCAUUUGACGGAUAAGGAUGAGUCCUCUUCUUCCGGUACGAGAGUCGGGCUGGAGGCUCCCGCCGUUUUGUUGGCCGGAGGUCUCGCCGUGGCCCAGAUUUUGGCUUGGGCGCUGUAA